GAACGAAAGAACGAGAUGGAAGAAAAAAGAGCCUUGCGAGCGACUCAUGCAGACGCAGCUCGGUAGUGCUUCGUAAGUUUCCGUCCCCCCGUGACCGUCCUCGUUCCCGCGGCGCAACCGUGGACGGGCUGCGUGUGUUUUGUGCCGUCGUUACCGUUUUCCAAAGCUGUUUAGCUCACGGGAGCCACGCAGGUCAGUUGGAUCGUCCGAAACUUUGGCUCUUCCGAUUAUGGUGCUUCACGAACCGUCGUGAUAUAUAUACAUGUUUAUAUAUGUAUAUAUCUCUGUAAAUUUCUUCGUAAGGGCAACGCAAGUGUGAACCAAGUGUAAUAUACGUCCAUACAUAUAUAUAUAUAUAUAAAAAUUCAAUAAUAUAUACAGACGUGUGUACAGUGUGUGGGUGCGUGUCUCAUUAUCUCCGUGUUAGUGUAAAUAUGUAUGAAAAAUAAUAUAAAAGAAAGGAUAAUCGCGAAUGAACCGUUCGGUUGAUGCAGAAGGCUCGUCUCUGGUUCGAUCUCACUCUUUCGUUCCUCGGGGGGCCCCCCUUUCGCUUCACUUGCUCCCCUCGCGUUCACCCGCGAACGCGAGUUCUCCGAAGUGGUUUAAUGUCCGGCCUUUGGCAUCCGCCCGUCUGGUUGAACAAAAUGCUACUGUGAUGUUGUUAAACGCCUAAAUUCGUUGACUCGCUAUAAAGAUACAAUCGAAGAAGUCCCAUCAGUUAGGAAUACGCGAAAGAAGAAAGUUAAAAUGCGGAUCGACGAAAGAUAGAUAUUUAUCUCUCUUCAUUAGAUUUUUGUAUCUAUUAUUUGCUGUAAAAGCGGCGAAGAGACGUAAUAAUCAAGACGUAAAGUGAGGGGGUUCCGCGGGCUUGGUGAGUCUCCGGCUGUGGUGCAAGACCAGGAAAUCGAAAGAGCAAACCACCUUCCUCCUUUGGGUGUUACAAGCGGGGGUACAAGCUCGUGAUACGAAAGCGCCGACUCUCUUUUUAUAAACACAUACUUCUCCGUAAUUAGUAAUACGCGUAGGGUAAUAACGAGAGGGAGUCGGAGGCGUGAGCGUCUUUCAUAGACUGAAAUAAUAUCUUUGACAAGGAGACGCGAAUAUACACAACAACGAGGAGGAACCACAUAAAUUAAUAUUUUUUUAUUAUAUGAAAUAUAUACACAGUUAAAGGAGAAGAAAGUGCCUUCGGUCACCUGCAUUCGUUCGUACGCAUCCGCGAUACGAAUGUAUCCGCGUGUGAUAAUAAUGAAAAAUUGUUUAAACUCUCUCGCUACCUCGAUACCGCUUGUCUGGCUUGCCAUAUAUCCCUGCCAACAGGUAGAUCAGUCGUAGUUCUGACUGGCGCACAGACCUUCCAUAUCGUAGCAUUAUAAGCCGGAGAGUGUGUAUACACGCGCUGGACUGUAAACACGUAUAGAAAAGAGGCUCUGUGUUGGAGGGACGACGGGAGCGGAGUCACGAGGCAAGGUGCUGCUGCUCUUGUGUAUACGAACAUGCUACGUAGAAAUAACGUUGCUCCCAGCAUACGUGACCUGUACACAGUGAAACAGUGAAUAAAGGCUAAAAAUUCGUUAAAAUUAGUAAACAGCGUAGGGGGCAUGAAGAGUGAGAGAAAAGGUGGGAUCGAGAAGUGAAAAGAUUGUCGAUGAAGGAAUAUCGCAAGAGAAUAAUCUCGUACGUGCGUCCCAAAAGAAACGAACAUUUGAAUAAUCGUAAUGUUCGCUCGUGGAACGAAGAGAGAAAAAAACGAGAUUUUUCAUUAGCAGCAAACAGAGGAAAGAAAACUAGCGAAGUUUAGCGAGAGAAACGACGGUGGCAACAGCGGCAUUGUCCUUCUUGUUUUGUUGUCUUGGGCACGGCGGUAAUCAGAAAAAGAGGUGGAGAAGAAGAGAGAAUAAGGAGUAAGGAGUGGAGUGGUGAGGAGAAGAGAGGAGAGAAGGAAGGAAGGAACGAAGGAAGGAACGAACGAACGAACGAACAAACGAACGAACGAACGAACGAACGAACGAACGAACGAACGAAAGAACGAACGAAAGAAAGAAAGAAAGAAAGAAAGAAAAAGAAGGCAAAGAGAGGAGUGAGAAAGUCGGGAGCCAGCGACCGCGUGCCCAAGGAGAGGGGAGUAUACUACCGUGAAUGUCGUAGGUCCUCGAGACGUUGGAGGCGUGCCGGGGAAAGCGAGAUAGCAGCACCGAGCAAGAGUAGAAUCCGAGGAGGGAUGGAAAGCAGCUUGUGUUUGCCGGGGUCGAGUCGAGCCGAGAAAGAGAAGACUCGAGUGCUGUGAGGUACAUACUUACGUACACGCGCACGGUUCCCGGAGUCCCCCGGCUGUGUGCCCCACAUGCGAACCGAAUAUUACAUACGCGUAGCAGCUCUGUUAUAUAUAGAUAAUAUUUACACACAUUAAAAUAUAAAACUGGUGAUUCGAGCUGCGUAUUCGAGCGGUACGAAAAGGUAACCGAGAACUAUCGCUGUCCGGGGAAUCCAACGACGAACAAUCGUACUUGUUUACACAGGCUCCAUGCAAUUUAGUAUUAACUCGAGAGAAACGAGAGGAUCAAGGUUCCCCGCUCGAAGCGAAGAAACUAGGAGAAUAAUAAUUGAAUUAUUGAGGAGAAGAAUAGAGACCCGGGUCGCGUGAAUAAUCGGACCGACGGGAGAGAGGAAACGAUCGAGCGGAUCUUCCGAUAACGAAAUCGCAGCGAUCGCUCGAUUGGCUCUCGUUGAAAAUGGCGCUCAAUCAGGACGUUGAUCAGUUGUCAAAGAGCAACAUCGUCGAAGACCGUGAUUCCGAAAUGGUUUUACAAGCUCUGUUCGACAGCGUACUUAAGCCGGAUGCUAAGAGACCGCUUCAAGUUCCGUUGCGCAUGAGAAACUUGCCCGACUCGUUUUUCAAUCCACCCUCGACCGGUAGUAAGAGCCCCUCGAUCUCGCAUUCGAGAGAAAACUCAGCCGAUUCGGCGUUCGGUACGAUCGUCGUCACCGGCAGCGUCACCGGCGCGAGCCCCAGUGGUCCAACUUCGUCCGGUGCAACGACCGCUACCGCUGGCGCAAGCGGUUCGGUGACCGGAACUGCCACAGGGCCUCCUCCCGGAACCGGAUCCUCGAGCGGACUCAUCGUCGCACAUCCCAGAGCACACAGCAGCCCUGCUUCCCUCCAACAAACGUACGCCUCCGCCCAACAGGUCAAUCAACACACGCGCCACCAUCAACACCAGAAACAGAGGAGCUACGAUGUCAUCAGCACUGUCGACGACCUUGGACCACUGCCCCACGGAUGGGAGCAAGCGCGCACCUCCGAAGGCCAAAUUUACUUCCUCAAUCACUUAGACAGGACCACGACAUGGGAAGAUCCGAGAAAAACUGCCGCUGCUGUAAGCAUCGCCGCGGUUGCAGCAGCUGUCGAGAGUGGAAAAAACGCUAACGUAGCACCUACCGCCCUUGGACCGCUGCCUGACGGUUGGGAACAAGCUCGAACACCUGAAGGAGAAAUAUAUUUUAUCAACCAUCAGACACGAACGACGUCUUGGUUCGAUCCCAGAAUCCCUACGCAUCUCCAAAGAGCGCCCACUUCCGGUGCAUUGCUUCCACAAAAUUGGCUCCAGCAACCUGGCAGCACGAGCAUUCAGAGCAACCAAAAUCUACAAGCCUGUCAGCAAAAAUUACGUCUGCAGUCGUUGCAGAUGGAACGGGAACGUCUCAAGCAAAGGCAACAAGAAAUCAUGCGCCAGCAGGAGCUCAUGCUACGGCAAAGCACGACAGACGCGGCAAUGGAUCCGUUCUUAUCUGGUAUGAAUGAACAACACGCUCGUCAAGAGAGUGCGGAUAGCGGUUUGGGUCUCGGUUCUGCAUAUUCGCUUCCUCAUACACCUGAAGAUUUUCUUGGCAAUAUCGAUGACAACAUGGACGCGACGAGUGAAGGAGGAGCGCCGAUGGAAACACCGGACAUAUCAACGUUGAGUGAUAACAUCGAUUCGACGGACGACCUCGUGCCUUCACUUCAGAUUUUUUCAUGAUUUUCAGCUGGGUGAAGAAUUUAGCAGUGACAUACUCGAUGAUGUGCAAUCACUCAUCAAUCCUCCGACCAACAAACCCGAGAAUGUUUUAACGUGGCUGUAGUAGAAGGAGAGCAAGCGGGAGAGAAAGAGAGACAGAGGGAACGAAACGCCGAUGUUACCGCAGAAAUAUGCGAUAGAACGCGUGAUUGCUUCACACUCGUUGAAGGGGUAAAAAAAAAUCAAUCUAAAACAUAUAAAUUCGUAAUCGAAAUUGGUGGUAAAAGAAGAAACACGGUUACGUGCGCGCAGAAUACGAAAAUAAGGCACGCAACCGUCGUUAGCUGACUUUUUUUUAUAAAAUCGUAUCAUUCUUCAUCUAUGAAUAUUCUGUAUAUAACACAUAUGACAAAAUAUUUUAUUAUUCAGUCAACGAAUGACAGAAAGUGUCAAAGGCUGGACACACGUUUUUUAUUGAAAGAGUGAGAGAAACGAACCGACAAUCAAGGUUUUAUAUUAUAAUCUGACAAUAAUAUUUAAAGUCAACGUAAAAUACUAUUAUCCGUUCUUGCUCUUCAUGUAAACUUUCGUAAGGCGUAGAAAGGCUUAAGUUUAACUACCAGAAAGAAGGAUAGAGAGAAAGAAAGAAAGAAAGAAAGAAAGAAAGGAAAAACAUACCUACGCAUAACUAGUAUUGAAUCACGAAAAUAGUAUUGAAUAGAUCUCAAGUCUGGUAUCAUGACGUAUCAGAUUCCCUGUUCGAUGUCCUUUUACGAAAGCACAUCAUCGAAUCGCGCGAAUAUAUCUAGUUCCAAAAUUUCGGAGCGCCGCUUCACGUGUGAUGGAAGACAAGUGCAAUUAUGAGUAAGCGAUUAGUCGAUUGCUCGGGCGAAAGAAGCAUAAAAAUCGCGUUAUCAAUCGUGCUUUUAUUAAAUUCAUACGUAAAAUGCCCAUUCGGCAGUCGGUGCGUUGAUCACUCGUUAACGUAUUUCGUCACUUCUCUGUAGAUACUAGCACAAAUUUCUUUAUUUCAAUCAAAAAAUUUGAUUGUGAUCGGAAUAUUGGCCACGUUGAAUUGAAAAGAUGUUUCUAAAUCUCAACUAAUUACUAAAUUUUCAAAAAACGAUUAUUUUCCACAAAUGUACGUAGUUCGAUCGAAAAUUUGUACAAAUCAUAUUUACGUUUUAUUGUGCAAAAACUGCUUUAGCAAACGAUCAUUUUCAUUGUAAUUUAAUGAAAAGAGAAUGAAAAAAAUUAUAUAUUCGUAUAAAAAUUCGAUAGAUGGCUAUCGAAACGAACUGCGUUCAAAGUUCCGAGUGUGUUAGUGUCGAUGCUAACUUGUAAUCGAAAAUCCGGCAAUCAAGUGUGAAAAUUGAACGUCUCUCGCACGCCUUAAAUUCGAAUCUGUUCUAAAGCGUUGUACGAAGUGAAUAGAGAUGUGAAAAACUUUUCGUUAUAAUUCCAUCAGCUCUCAAUCACACCGUUGGUGUUCAACGUGUGUGAUAAUUAUGCGGAAGCGAAUCACUUUUUUUGAUUGAAUCGUUGUAAUUGAGGGCUCAUGAAAUUUCAGCCGUCGUAGAAAGUAUCGAGAGGAAAAAAAAUCGAAGCUAGGGAACGCGUAUUAUUAGGAAAAAAGAACUAGCAUUGAAAGCUCGAAUCAAGUGCCUUUUUUACAAUCACGCCGAAUGUGAGAAAUAUGCCUUAUUGAAAUUGUAAAAGCAAUCACAACCGUCCAUACCGAAACGCCUUGUUUUAACAUGUGCAUAUAUAAUUGAAGUAAUCGAUUGAUUAAUUUAAGAGUGAUGAAUAAUUAAUAUCACGAGCGCGAGUGUUUGUCAUUGCGUGUGACCGAUGUGCAUGGGUGAGAGUGUGCGUGUGGACAAUCGCGUCAAACCGACGGAUUGCAGAGAAAUUUGGUCGAGUGACAAUUUCGCUUUUCUCGUUUAAUUUCAUAAAAACUCGUGCUCGUUUUGCGUUUCAAGUGUACAUGUACACGAUUUAAUAUUAUGCGCGAGUGUAAAGCGCGAAAAUAUUGAUUAUUUGAUAUUAACAGCGGUAGGGUUAACAGGGGGUAUUUUUAUUGGCAAACCCGCCUAUUUCGUUAAAAUGUAUUUUAUCGUUAUCUUAUUUGAUUUUUUUUCGAUUUAAUGACAAAGAUCGUCGAGACCGGAAUACGACAUUAUUCGUAGUCCGCGUUGCGUUUGAGAGACAAGUUUCUACGUGAGCUGCAAUCGUCGAGAGUGACUGUUACGAGGCCAAUUGAUAUAAUCCUAUCAAGUACAAUGUACAUUUUGUCAAACAGGUCGAAGAAUGUGUUCAGCCUUAUCUCUUUCUGCUCGGUAGGUAGAUCAUGUUCGAUUGAGCAGAACUACAUCGCUGAUAUCAGAUUCAAAUUUAUCUUCGAGUUCGAAUCAACAACGGAAUUAAAGAUCCAAAGAACUCGUCAACAACGACGAGAUUCAGGCUCGUCAAUUUAUGCUGAAUUCGAGCUCGUAUUUUUUCCUAUCAAUUCGAGAGAUUCGAAGAAUUUACGCUCGAUUUUUUCGUGAAAUUGAAAUUGAUUUAGACAACCAAUUUUCGAGAUUGUACCGAUAAAUUGGUGUCAAACUUAUCAAUUGAAUACAGUCUUACCGAAAAUAUUGAGAUUACCCGACAUGGUAAACCAAACUCAUGUUUUUCAUCUCGAUUAAAAACUUGACUGAAAAUCAAUGUUUCAAUUCGAUCAAGAACUUGACGAUCGAAAUUCAAUGUGACUUUUUCUCCUUCUGUUUGACAAAUUGACAUCCUCGAAACGUCACUCUGACCUAAACCUAGUGCAAAGGAAAAAAAAUGAAUGAAGAUGUAACGAUAUUUUUUAUAUGCUGUUGAAUUUACGCUGCAAUAGACUCCCUCAACUUUUCCCAGCUCCAAGUAUAUCGGAAAAGUUGUAGCGGAGUCGUUAGAAGAAAGAGGAGAGAGAGAGAAAGAGAGUGAGAGAGAAAGAGAGUUUUAUCGCGUUAUCAAAAUCAUCAAUCAUCUGACAGCUGCGAUCAACUCGUUAUACGUAUUUACGUAGUAUAACGCAGAUUUGAUUAACUUGAGGAAUUAAAACGUGCCUUACGUCGCGAUUAUCCGUGUUUUAUUGCGUAUUAAGUACAUGUAAAAUUAUCAUAUUUGUAAGGUGAUUGCGCAGUUUAAAAAACAAACUGACAAAAUGUAUUCGUUAACCGUCGCGUUUUUCUAACACUGUAAUAAUCGUAAGGGAUUGUGAGUUUGCGAGUAUGCUAACGAGACACUUCGAGAGUAGCUUUGUAUUACGAAUUCACCUUGUUUUGCAGAUACGUAUUUAUGCUGUUGGACUAAAUUCAGUAGCAAUUCCAAUUUCCUUUUUUUUCGGCUACUCGUGCUAAAACGAUAGAGAAAUUGUUGAAGUAGUUUUCGUUGUGAAUGCUAUUUUUACAACCGUUUCUGAUGUGUUGCUUCGAUUAAUACGACAUGAUGAGUGAAAAAAAAAAAAAAAAAAUCUUUCCGGUAAUUCGAAAAUAUUCGUUUACGGUGCCUCACAGGACCGCGAGAUUAAAUCACCCUUUGAAAGUCAUCUUAAUAAAAUGAAUAUGUCCCCGGCAUUCAAUUGUUUAUAUCCAAUGUUUACAAAUAUUUCGGAGUUGGAUAUUUAUCAGAUUUUAAAUAUGUUUUUAAAUCGAUAUUCAAUGUUUAAAGAAAUGCCAGUUUAUAUGGGAUAAGAAAUUUAUUUACACACUUUUGAGUAAUCGUUUGAAAUUGUUAUCUCAACAUUUUUGUUGUUUAAUAUACGUAGACUCGAAAUAAUCCGAUGAAUAAAUCAUGUGAAUGGGAUCCUUUGGCUCUCGCUUGCACACAAAAUUGCAAACCUUUUAUACGCGCCCGUGUUCGAGUCGACGGGAAGCAUUUUGUUAGUAGAAACGUAACAUUGUUCUUCCAGUUUGUUUAGCGUUCAUAGUUGAAAUGAUUGUAUAAAGAUUUGUGCUUAUUUCUCGUGGAAAUAUCGAAGGUGCGAGUAAUUUUUAUCCGGCCGAUUUGGAAUUUUUCAAACAAAAAUGAUCUGCAACACAUUUUUGUUUGAAUCAGUGGAAAUUAGGGUGAUCUUGUCCCUUCGAAAAUCCAUCGAGACACGAGUUUAUUAGUUUAGAAUAUUUUGAUUAUUUACCUUUGUAAAAUAUGGUCGAGGUGGCUUGAAAGCAAAGGCGAGCGCGCAACUUGACACGAUUAUUUCUGUACAAAGCUUGCGAAAGGUUGUACUUUAGAUAUUUACGUACGAGCUGCGGUGAACAUCAUUAAUUUUUACAAGAGCAGCUCGUGCCCCUUCGUUUCUAAACUGAACGAAUUUUUUUAAAAAGAGAAGAGUAUUUCCUGACUAUUGUAUCUUGCUUUUUAGUCCAAUAACCGAGCGUUUAUUGAACUUUAACAGGGCGUUUAGCUGAUCGAUUUUUUUUUGCUUCGAGCAAGCAAUCGAGCAGAGCUGAUUUUUCUUUUUUACGGUGUCGCCCUUGAAGAAUCAAUUUGAUUUGUAUGCUAUGUUAAGACGAUCGUAUUUUAUACGUGUAAUAAUUAUAUAUCAGCAUUCGCAGAGAUUAUAAACGCGAGGUUCCCUCGGCAUACGUAUAACGAAAUGUGCAUACAAUAUCGAACCUGGUCAUCGUGUAGAUAUGCAUAUGAGGGCGUAUAAUUCUUUUUCGUUUUUUUUUGUAUUUCAGUACGAAGUUGAAACUUUUAUUCGUACUGCAGCCUGAGAGAGAAGGGAAAAGAGGAAAAGAAAGAAACUCUAGAGAAUAAAAACCGAGAGGAGAGGGCCUGAGGCAAAAUUGUUACCUGAAAAUGUCCCGUUUUUAUACUCAAUCGCCAUCACUCACAAUUUUGACAUUUUAGCUCAAAUUACAGCCCUUUAUUGCAUACGAAAAUAUGAGUUAUCGCAAAUCGUGAAUAACUUAUUGUACGUAAGAAUAUUUGUUUAUUCUUUACCAAUCGUAUGCAUCGAAGGGCUAAAAAGAAUGCUUGAGGGAGAGUUUUAUACAUUUGCUUGUUGGAAAGUCUGUUUCGUGUAGUGAAUUUGUAUUUCGCGUAAAACCACAUAUUAAUAAAUUCAUCCCAAUCCACGAACACGUAUAUAUUUAUUACACGUGUUCGUUAAAUUUGUACAAUCAAUUUUAUCGACAGAAAUACUAUUUUUUGAAAACCUAUUACGUGCUAAAUUGACUACCAAAGAAAUGUUGUUUCCAAUAUCGAAACGUAACGAUAUUUCAUGCCUGAAACUAUCAUUUCUUCUGUAGAGAAUAAUCCUUAAAAGCGUUGACUUAUGCGACUCAAUAUCGACGAUGUUCUUUUUUAUCAGGUAUUAUCCUUGAAUGCACGUCACUGCUUACGACACUUUGACUUCGAUGCGAAAACACUUUCAAAUGGAAACUCUUAAUUAUAUUUUAUUGCGUAGAAAUGAGGGUGACGAUGAAGAAGAAAAAAACAAAAAGGAAUAUAACGCCCCAAACGUACGGUACCGUAAAACGUUAUGAAAAAAAGCAAUUAUUUGUGUAAUAGCAGUAUUUGAUUAAGCUCAUGGACGAUCAUUUAUGACGUACCUAAUAUCGUAACAAGUGUCUUAGCUAUUACGAUAACAAUAAAUAUAUUGUUUACUUACAAGUUAA